AACGCUAGGCCAGUGAACCUAAAUGUCCAGCUGGCAAGAAGAUUGCCAGGUCACCUAACGUAAGCUGUAGUCGUUUUAUCCACGUUUGUGGAUGAAGCUUCCCUCUCAUCCACUUUUCAGACGGCAUAUCCCUUUGACCUGUCACCACACCAUGUCGUACAGGGAUUUAAGAAACUUCACUGAGAUGACGCGUGCACUUGGGUACCCAAGGCUGAUCUCUAUGGAGAAUUUUCGCACUCCCAACUUCCCCCUUGUGGCAGAGAUCCUUAUAUGGCUGGUGAAGAGGUAUGAGCCUCAAAUGGACAUUCCAAGUGACAUAGAUACAGAGUCAGACCGUGUAUUCUUCAUCAAGGCAGUGGCCCAAUUUAUGGCCACACAGGCCCACAUUAAGGUGAACACCAAGAGGCUGUACCAGGCUGAUGGCUAUGCGGUUCGUGAACUCCUCAAGAUGACGUCACUGCUCUACGGUGCCAUGAAGACCAAUCAGAAUGCUACAGGGGAUCAGCAGCAUGACGACAGUGCCAAGUUUAAGUUUGACCUUGGGUCAAAGAUUGCAGACUUGAAGGCUGCACGGCAGCUUGGCUCAGAGAUCACUGCCAAAGGUGCAAGUCUGUACGACCUGUUGGGGAGAGAGGAGGACCUGAGAGAGAACAGGAUGCUGGCAAUCGCCCGGCCACUGGAGAUUAACGACACAGAGAAAGCACUCAGGGCGGCAGUAAAAGAUGUUUUGGUGAAUGUUAGUCAGACAAAGGAGAUGUUGAAUAACGUGGCGUCGGACGAGCAAAGUCUGGAUGCCAAGAUAGAGAAGAAGAAGCAGGAGCUGGAGAGGAACCAGAAACGCCUUCAAACACUUCAGAGUGUACGACCUGCCUUCAUGGACGAGUACGAGAAGAUUGAGGAGGAGCUGCAGAAGCAGUACGAGACGUACGUGGAGAAAUUCCGCAACCUCAGCUUCCUGGAGCAGCAACUGGAGGACUACCACCGGCUGGAGCAGGAGCGCUUUGAGGAAACGGAAAAUGCCAUCCGCAUGAUGCAGACAAAACUACGAGAGGAGGAGAGGAGACUAAUGAGGAGUGGAGCAGGCCGUGAAGAGGAGUCUGACAUGGAAAUCCCAGAUGAUGAAGGCUCAGACAGUGAAACAGAUGAGCACAAACCACCCAAACCUCAGCUCUUACGACAACAACAAGCUCCCCUAGCAGCAAGAGCCGUUACUCGUGUCAUUGGGACCAUGCAGGGAGGGGAGAAUGAGGAACCCAGUGGAAAGGAUUCUAUCACUCCGCCUCAGCGUCAGAGGAGGAGGAAAGGGAAGUCGGAGGACAGCGAGAUCGAUGUGGAUGAUGACGACGACGACGAGGAUGACGAUGAAGACGAUGACGACGACGAAGAGGAGGAUGAGGAAGGUGACGAGUAUGAGGCGGCGGAUCUCGACGUAGAUGUGGGCUUAGAGCACAAAAGGCCCACCAGGGGAGGCAUGAGGCCUCCCAUACAGGAGGAGAGCGACAAUGACUUUUAGCACUCAAGUGCACGACAAUGACUUUUAGCACUCAACUCCCGCCCAACGGGAGAACAGGAGAACAGCUACAUAUCAUUUAUACACACAUUAUAUAACUAGCAUGCUUCAUCUUGAGUCCUUUCUCUAAUAAGAAUGACUUUCAGCACACACACACACACACACACACACACACACACACACACACACACACACACACACAAACACACUAAGGGUGCAUCAGCAGUGAUUCCAUAUACAUCCAUUCACUCACAAAUUCACGCUUGUUCUUGGCUAAAGAGAGACCAAUGUCUUAUUCUUAACACACACUCAUUCACUCCGUCCACUCCUAGUCUCAAAAGUGCUCACUGACCCCACCAUCUGUCACCUCACGUGUGUGUUGUAUGUCAUGUCAAUAAAGAAGUAAUAUGUUUCUAAUGUUA